AUGACGGAUGAAUCAUUCACCUCUGCACACACAAAGGAACCCAGUAACUCACAAGAGCGUGCGCGACUGAUGAAGAGGGCGGAGCGACCGCAUCGUCUACGACUCCCCUCAACACAUUACACUUCCGAACCUUCUCCAUGCACACCUUGUUCAGUGUUCUCAUUUGAUCUGCCCAACAGUCCAGCGGUUGUUAAAGGACGACAGAGAUUUUCGCGCUCCACCAGCCAUGGCUCAGCGCUCACACCAAGAAGCAUCUUUUCGUUUGAGACAGCGUUCGAUUUCGCUUCGCCGAAAACCCCGCGUACGCCUCGGACCCCAAUUUCGCCGAGGACGCCAAAAACUCCGAGGUUUCCAGAGUUGCCAACUAUUGAGGAGUCCAGAUACUCUUUCAGUUUCGGCCCACCAACACCCAAAGAGGAGACUUCCACGGAAGAGAUCACGUCAUCCGUAGAUAGUGUGACGUCACCGGAGACCGAUUGGAAAUCGAUACGCUUGAUUAUGUUUGUAAUAUUGAUGACACGAAUACAAUUCACCGUCUAUUUCGCCUCACUUUGGCCAUUUUUGCAAGAGAUAGACGAUAGUGCUAAUAUGCAGGAUUAUGCAAUCAUCAGCGCCGCUUAUAGUAUUGGUAUCGCCGGUGCAGCACCGUUUUUCGGCUAUUGGUCGAAUAAGCUCGGUUGUAUCCGUAAACCGUCAAUGUGCUCAAUGGUAUUGAUGAUGACAACAAAUUUUAUGUACAUGUUUCUGCACAAUUUCCAAGGAUACGGUAAAUACGCAAUGGGUGUAGCAAGAUUUUUGGCUGGGAUUGCUGCUGGAGGGAAUUCCUUGUUGCCCACAUAUUGGACAUAUGCUGCAGCACCGGAAGAUCGUUCCACUGCAGCCGCACUGUAUGACGGUGCUUUUUGUUUAGGAAUCGCUUUAGGACCAGGUUUCCAGCUAAUCUUCUCCCCGCUAAGCUAUCCUGGUAGCGUAUUUGGUCUGCUACAAAUCAAUAUGUAUACAAUGCCUGCUAUCGUCGCCAACGUUCUUGUAGCUGUCUCUAUGGUGCUUAUGGCAUUUUUCUUUAAAGAGGCACCAAUGUUUCGUGAGGGGAAACGAAACAGUUUGGACAGCACAGACACACAGUUCUCCGUUUCGCUGCCACCAUUCGACAAAGUGGCUGUGUUCUGCUGUAUAUUCGCCAAAAUGGUUCAAAUGUUCAUCUACGCAAACAUGGAGACGAUCGGUUCCAUGUACACUCAACAAAUGUUUGAUCUUAGCCGUACGGAAACCACUCAGUUCAACUCCAUCCUAGUAUCGUUAUCCGGAUUCGUUGGUUUCGCCUUCCUGUUCACUUAUGUCUGGACAAAAUUAGGGAAACGGGUCGAUAAUCGUGUAGGAGCUCUAGUUGGUGUGUUAGUAUGUGUGGGAUUUCUGUUCUCCACAUAUUCAUGGCCAUUCUACACAGGAAACAUUGAAAGUGACGCAUGUCAUUCACCAUGGUGUGCAGCCACACCAAGGAUUCCCUGGCCACUUUAUGCCGGAUCAUAUGUGGUCGUGUUCGGUGUUGGAUUCGCUAUGAUGAAUGUCCACCUGGCAGCGAUGUACUCUGGGGUGCUUGGACCUCGUAGACAAGGAACAAUGCACGGGAUCAACACAUUAUUGGCCAGUUGUAGCCGCGUGCUGGGACCAGUGGCUGUCACGGAUAUGUUCUGGUACUUUGGUCCGCAAGUUGUAUGGAUAUUUCAAUUUGCCACAUGGGCGCUAUUGUUAAUAGUACUGGGUGUAUUUUAUGAACGUCUAGUUCCAUUGGAAAUAUCACAAUCACAGGAGGAUUCAGAGGAGAUCAAAAAAGCCGAUCAAUAA